CAGCGAUCUAAAUUUUUUUUGUUUUUCCCCAAAUUAAAAUUAGGACAAUCUGUUUCGAGAGAGUGGGAGAUGAGAUCUCCGUGGUCCUGACCUGAGGAAGAAGAUGAGAGAGAGACUCGCAAUCUCCUCUUCUCAUCGUCUUCUCUUCAGAUCUCCUCUCUCUUCUCUUCUCGUCGUCUUCCUCCGCCGCAGCUACCACCAAACCCACUCGAUUCAACCGAAACCUGUUCUGCUUCCACAUCUUCCACCAUUUCUUGUCACCUUAAUUCCAGAUCUGGCUGUCUCUACUACACACAAAUCCGUUUCUAUAGAAACCCAGAAGCAGCCAUGAUCAAGGAGCUCAAUUCUUACGUUGCACUAAAAAAAAAGGUAUAUGAGUACCCUUGGCAACAAGAAAGUUGAACUUUUUGAUAUGGGAGCUGGAGUUAGUGGCGAACCUACAGCUGAGGAAAAUGUUCAAGUGGCUUCAUCUAUGUCAAACCAGGAGCUUAUUGAUGUUGUAACGAAAAGAAUGGAUGAGACUGAUCAGGCCAUUGAGCGCUCAAAACAGGUUGUGGAACAAACACUCGAAGUUGGAACUCAAACCGCAGCUAAUUUAAAGGGACAGACGUAUCAAAUGGGACGCAUAGUUAACCGCUUGGACACCAUGCAAUUCUCUAUCAAGAAGGCAUCCCAGCUGGUGAAAGAGAUAGGGAGACAGGUGGCUACCGAUAAAUGCAUAAUGGCGUUCCUGUUUCUCAUUGUAUGCGGCGUUAUAGCCAUUAUCGUAGUGAAGACUCUUCAGAUUGUAUACCCGAAUAACAAAGACAUUAGGGACAUCCCAGAAUAGCUCCUCUUAAUCCGUUUUUUUUUUAGCUGGAGAUACAUUUGUGUAAUUUUUAUUUAUUUCUUUUAUUUUGUAUAUUU